AGCAGCCGGUGAAGUGAUACAGACACGAGACGAAGAAGAAGACACAACAAAGACCCGCCGCGUCCGACGUGAUCAAAGGUCGGACUAUACACCGGGACACAGACAGAGAAACAAGUUGUCGUGCGUCAACGUUCAUCGGUUCCACCUGCACUUGGUUCCGGUUUGAAAAAAUCUGCGCGUGAAGCUAACGCAGACUUUCCUUUAUUUUUAUUUUUAUUUUUAUUUUCUUUUUAAACUUCAACUCUACCUAAGGGAACAACCAUGCUGCACCUCUGCCUCGUGCUGAUUCUCUCCGCCUCCGUUUUCUCAGAGUCGCAGGUCAGGGAGACGGAGACAUGGAUGCCCAUGAAGACCACACAGACCGCCGCCAUGUCGACGCACCACGCCGACCUGGAGUCAUCGGGAGGCUCCCCGAACGGCUCCGACUUCGGCUUCACGGAUGACGAAGAUGAAGAUGACGACGACGACUACAACGACUACGACGACGUCAACCGUGACUACACCGACACGCUGUACGACGACGAGGACGAGUACGGAGAGUCCUCUGGGUCUGGAGAUGGAGCAACGACUGCGUCCCCUGAGCAAAAGACCGAAACGUCAGUGAAGCCCGACGUGCACGACAACAAGAUCCCAGAGGCCGAGCCUCCCGUGCGGCCCACCGUCAACGAGGUGGACAUCGUCCAGAAGAGCAACGAAAUCCCCUCGCUGAGGAAAGAGCCGGAGCCCAGCGAGGAGUUCCCGUCCAACGUCCUCAUGGCCCACGCCGGCGACGACAGCAUCCUGAACAAGACGGAGGUCCUCGCCGCUCUGAUCGCCGGCUGCGCCGUCGGCCUGAUGUUCGCCGUGCUGCUCAUCCUCCUCCUCGUCUACCGCAUGAAGAAGAAGGACGAGGGCAGCUACGACCUGGGGAAGAAGCCCAUCUACAAAAAGGCCCCCACCACGGAGAUCUACGCAUAGACCCUGAAACCCCUCCCCUUCCCCUUCACACACAAACACACACCUCGCUCCCUCAAAAACCCAAUCAGGGCCUCACCUGGCCUCAGUGCCUCGUCAUCUUCUUCAUCACCCCUCCUCCUCGCCUUUCUUCUGACUGUACAGCAGAGUGACACAAACCAGGAGAGAAGCCACGGACGCCCUGACGUCACCGGUGCUUCUCUCUCUCGGCCAAUCAGAGGCUUUCGUUGGUCCCCUCGUCUCAAACCAGGAACGGGAGCAACAGGAAGAGGAACGAUGUCGGGUUCCGACAUUUUUAUUUAGUUUUGUCUCGUGGUUUUUAUUCUUUUAUUUGUCCCCCGAGUCAAGAGACUCUUCUUUUCUCUCACCUCUUCUCUUUUCUCUCCUUCACCUCCCAGAAGAAAACACUAACACGGUGCAAUGAUCAUGAAUUAGUUCUUCGUUUGUCUCAGUACGGUACACGUUAACAGUCCAGUUAUUUAUUUCCCUUCAACCUGUUUCCUGGACUGAAGCUUCUCUCAUGACUGAAGCAAAGGAUUUUUUAAAAAUUAUUUUCUUUUCUUUUCUUUUCUUUUAGAAUAAAAUACAUGUGACGCAGAGAGAUUUAAGACAUUUCCGUUUUUUUUAUUUCUAUUCAAAAAAGAAAAGAGCUCAAAGGCACAACGUCACCGUGAAGCUGUGUGGUUUUGUGUCGUGUCAUCCAUCACAACCGAUUGUUAAUAAUCCAGACGUUUCGAAUCUGAACGAGCGCCGAGAUGAGGAUUCGGUUCACGCCCUGUAAAACUUUGAGAUGUUAAGUUUCAGAGUUUAUUUAAACAACCUUCUUAUUUCCUUUGUUUUAAAACCCUUUCGUCUCCUCAAGGGGGAAAGUCCCAUCGUCAGGCACGUAGCACCCGAUAAGCGAGUCGAGCUAAUCCGGAAAAAGAAUUUGCAAAUACUCUGACCCAGGUCUCUCACACACACACACACACACCAACACGCACACACCAACACGCACACACACACACACACACACACACACACACACACACACACACACACACACACACACACACACACACACACACACACACACACACACACACACACACACACACACACACACACACACACACACACACACACACACACACACACACAGUGUUGUUGUCCUUUUGCUGCCAGUGUGAAUGAAGAGAACUUCCAAAAAAAGGAAGAUGUUUUACCACUAUAAUAAUCACCGCUGUGCCUCUGGGGUUUGUUUUCUGUUAUUACGGUGAAGUCAAACCGGCAAGCUCCUACUACAGGGUAACACACCUACAUUCCUCACACACACACAAACACACACACACACACACACACACACACAGCUCAGUCACGUGUUAAAGAUUCGACCCUCUUUUCACAGUAAUGUUUAACCUUAAAGGAACCCAUUUGAGAAAUUUGCCUAUUCACUUUGGGUGUUGUUUGUGUUUUGUUGCUGUGGUCACGUCUCCACAGUGACGAGGAAGCUGCAGCCAGAAACCUGUUAGCUUAGCAUAACUUAGCAUAACACUGACUGGAAAGAGGCGGCGACGGCUACAGUUACAGAGGGAACAACUGAAGAUGAUUUUACGAUCAAAGUUUUUCAAAAUUACUUAACGGUGUAACACGAUAUCCAAUAAAUUUGGCUUAAACGACAUCGAUGAUGUUUGAUGCGAGUUAUUUUUGUUCAUUUUUAGAAAGUCACAUGUUUCAGAACUUUCAUAUUUUUGUUUUAAGUCAAAUUAUGAUUUUUUUCCAAUGGGACAUGAAUUCACACUGGAUUCAGUUUGAUUAAAUCCCGAAUGUGUUUUAACACUUCCCAGCUGCCACAUUAUGAAUUAUGAUUUUUGCAGAAAUGCUAAUGUUUGAAGUAGGACAGAGCUACGCUAACCCUUUCCAGUCUUUGUGCUGAGCUUAGCUAACGGAGCUAAUAAGCGUCAAACUAUUUUCCGACAACUUUGCCUUUUUGUCCGUAAAGCCUCAGGCGCUCACAUGCUUAUCGAUUUUUUUUUGUUUUUGUUUUGUUUAUUCAUUGAUCCGCUAAACGUUAUGGAUCAUUUGUCCCGUGAAAAGGAGAAGUUUGCCUCUGUGAUCGGAGAAACUGGUAGUUUUGGUACUUUGUUUUUUGUUUUUUCCUCAUCGGGUUGAUUCUUUCUCAAUAAGCUACAGACCGUUUGUCAGAUUUUUGUGUUACAUUGUGGGGUCUAUGAGCAAUUCGCUGAAACCAUGGUUUUGAUUGCUCACAUUUCUUAGCUGAGGCCGGCGGCACACAGACUGGUCUACCAAGGAUUUGUACAUAGUUGUUAGUUUAAAAAAGAAAAAGAAAAAAAAAAUCCUACAUAAAAAAAAUAUAAACUUGGUACUUAGCCACAUCCUGGCAACAAGAAAUAUCUACCAAAUAUUUAAAUGCCAAAUUGUUGUUUUGUUUUUCCCCCUGAGCAGUAAUGUUCCUGUGAUUUACUGUAAAUGAGUUUUGAUACUACCGAUGCUAAUACUAACUCACCACCUCUCAUUGUUCUCCAGUGUUUGUAUUUUUGUCUCCAGUAGAUCAACAACUAUUUUUUUUUUUUUGGGAUUAAUUUAACUGUCAAAUUAUUUUAUUGCCUUCUUUCAGGUUGGGGGUGUUUCCCCCUUUUUAAGCUGUUGUAUAUGUGAUUUUAAAAGUUUUAUAUACACUAGUUUUGAGAUUUUCAGAAGCAAAUAGUUUUGGAACUUUUUAUUUUGUAAGAGUUUCUAAUAUCUUUUUAGCCCUUUUUUUUGUUUUUGCUUUUGUAUUUAUGUUUUAUUUUAUUUUUCGUUUGUUUGUAGAAGGAUUGCUUAUGUGGUUGUUGUCGAUCUCGUUGUUCAGGGGAUGUUGUCGUUAGCAGACCUGGGGCUGAUUAAUGGGUUGGAUUUGGAGCCAAAAUGGACGCCGAUAAGUUUCUGUUUGGUAAUUCAAAGGGCUUCAUGAGCUGCAGCGUCUUGAUACGUGUUCAAGAUCUUUACCUCCCAGAAACAAAGAAGUAAAAACGUUUAAUCAAGAAAAGACAGAUUCAUGUUUCAUUCCAGUGUGUCUGCAGGUCUCAGCCGACCUCGGACCAGAAGUAACUGAUUUAUGUUAUGAUAUUUCCCGUUUUUUUUACGUGUGUUCAACUGGAAAUCGGCCGCAGGUCUGGUCAGUGAACAUGGGAGAGAGAGAAACGUAUGUUCUGCUGCUUAAUGUCACAAACAUCACAUGUGAAUCAAAGUGGAGUGGAGAAGCCAAUGAAUCACUGGUUUCUGCAUGCAGGUCCUGAUUUAUUUGGAAAUAAAGCUAUUUUUAUGCACAUUAA